UGUGGUAAUGUAUCUAAAAAUAAUGCAAUUUGUCUCCUCUUACAGUUGGAGUUAUCAAAGAGCAGGUCCUACUUUUGCUGUUCUUGGAUUUUCUCAUUUCUCUUCUUUUUGGGUCUUUGUAGGUGGUUUGCAAAACGAUUUCUACAUCCAGAUGUUGUGUCCAUUUAUGAUUACAUAUUCCUUUGGGAUGAAGAUUUGGGGGUUGAGGAUUUUAAAGGAUUAUGUUCCAACUGUAUUUGACAACUUCAGUGCUAAUGUUUUGGUUGAUGGGCAGACUGUGAAUCUGGGUCUCUGGGAUACUGCUGGUGAAGAAGAUUAUAAAAGGUUGAGGCCUCUUAGUUACAGAGGAGCUGAUAUUUUUCUUCUUGCCUUUUCUCUCAUAAGUAGGCCUAGCUAUGAGAACAUAUCAAAGAAAGACAGAUGUGGUAUCAUUAAUCAUUGCCGCAUGGUCGAUUUAACCAUGGUUUCAGUUGCUGUAAAUUUUGUUGCUUUUUGGAGGCUAUUGAUUACUUCCCAAUCUUUAGAUAUUUAAGAAUUAA